AUGUCAAAUGUGGACCCAAGCUUGAGGUAAGAAAUCUUUAUCUUUCAACCUGUCUUAGCCGAUUAAAUUUGCCUCCUGAUAUUCUAAACCAGCUGCAAGCACUCGUUGACAAACCCAUUCCGAAGGCUAACACAGGAUUAUCAGACGUAGGCCCCCGUUCCAGAUACAAUACCACUCUGCUUGCUGCAGCCACAUUGGGAAUUCUAAGGUAAAUAUUACUCGGGGUUUAUACGGACUUAUAGCGCUGUACUUUCCCAGUUAUCUCUGACCGAUUCUCUGAUCGCUGGAUAUCUGUCUUGUAUCGUCGGUUUACUGUCCAUGGAAUGGUACAAUCUGCAUGGUGCAGGUCUGACAAGAAGAAGAAGGGCAUUUCUGAAUGUCAGAAAUGUAUUGGACACCUAUCAAGUCCGCAACCGAGAGAUGGGCCAUCUUUUUCAACCCGAGCCUGAUACUCCAAAGCCCGAGAUGCCCUGUUGCGGACCACCACCGCCACCCGGAGAAAGCCCAGUGAACACUAUCGGAGAACAAAUAAUCAAGGAGAAAGCUACGAUCGGAAGCUCUAAGGAUGCUGGUUUUGAUAAGGUAGCCCAAAGUGCUUUUUGUAUUCUUUUUUAAGGCCGUUCAAGAUCAUUACGGCGGAAUGUAUGAUGAGAUUAAACGGAUGAAUGCUGAAAUGAAUACCCUCAAACACAACAACCAAUCGAUGAGUCCGGGAGCACUUGAUUGUAAGAGUACUUAUGCACACUAGCCUGUCCAGUUUAGAUGGAACCAAUCAGCCUCUGGUCCCAGCCGACAUUCCUCUUGGCGGAAAUGACAAAAGGAAAGAGAAAUCCAAGAAAAACGAAUAA